AUGGCGUCCCACGCGUCGCCGUCGAUCGCGCGCGCGUCGCGCGGGGCCGACCGCGGACGCGCGAACGAGCGCGCGUCCGCGCGCGCGGGGAAACGCGGAAAACGCGCGACGACGCGGUCGCGGCGGCCAUCGGCGCCGCCGGGACGGGACGGACGACCGCCGACGACGAAUUCGACGUCAGAGGGCGAUGACGACGCCGAUCCCGAGGCGCCGCUGGGACGGCGAUCGCGGCGACCGGUGUUGCGCGUCGGUGCGCGCGCGCAGACGCUGCCGCCGCCGGAGGGACGACACGUGAGCGAAAAGAGGAUGAAGAAGGUUGCGCUGGAGGGAGCGGCGCGACGGGCGGCGGACGCGCCGGCGGCGGAUGGCGUCGCGGAGGUGGCGCUGAUCGGACGGUCGAACGUUGGGAAGUCGUCGUUGUUGAAUUUGGUGACGUUUGGGGCGGGGGCGGCGGUGGUGAGCGCGAAACCGGGGACGACGUGUAGCAUGAAUCACUACUCGGUGGACGGACGGUGGCGGCUGGUGGAUCUCCCGGGAUACGGCUACGCGGAGGCCGAACCGGGGGAGAUCGAGGCGUGGGACGCGUUUACGAAGGAAUACUUUGCGACGAGGGAAAAUCUUGCCGGGGUUUUGUUGCUCAUCGAUGCGAGCGUGCCGCCGACGGCGAACGACGAGAAGUACGCGAAUUGGCUCAUCGAAAACGAGACGCCGUUCACGAUCGUCUUCACCAAGUGCGAUCGCGAUAAACCCAAAGGUCCGAGCGUGGAGGAUAACAAAGCGGCUUUCAGGGCCAAGCUCGAAGAGCGUUGGCAUCGAUUGCCGUCGAUGAUCUCCACGAGCAGCGUCACGACGCAGGGUCGAGACGAGGUGCUCAAAUUUAUCAGUAGUUUAAUUGUGUAUCGACGCAUGCGCAACGAAGAGCGCAAAAAGGCGAAGCGGCAAGAGAAGGUAAAGGCGAUGAAAGAGGAGCGCUACGAAGCCAAGGGCGAGGCGAUGCGUAAGGCUCGAGGCGGAAAACCUGCGAAGAAACCGGUUUCGAAAGUAGAGGAAGAGUGGGACGACGAAGAAGAAUUAGACGAAGACUGGGACGACGAGUCUUCGUUCACGGUCAACGCGAAGGGUAAAGGAGCGAAGACGAUUCAAGACAUGAUUCGCGCCGAGCUCGAGGAGAUCAAUCGCGAGGGGCGCUGA